CGCAGCGGCGGCCCCGAGGCGGGAGGAUGCGGGCGGCAGCCGGGGCGCAGCCGGAUCGGCCCUUCAAGCUCAGGAAGAGUCUCGCCACCCGGCGAGAAGAAGUAGCGGGGAUCCGAGCCAAGUUCCCGACAAAAAUCCCGGUAAUUGUUGAGAGAUACCAUAAAGAGAAAUACCUUCCUCUCUUGGACAAAACCAAGUUUCUGGUUCCCGAGGAGCUGACCAUGGCACAGUUCAUAACCAUCAUCAGAAGCAGGAUGGCUCUGACAGCUACACAAGCUUUCUAUCUGCUGGUGAACAACAAAAGCCUAGCCAGUAUGUCCUUGACAAUGGCAGAAGUGUACAGGGACUACAAAGAUGAAGAUGGCUUUGUGUAUAUGACCUAUGCUUCCCAGGAGAUGUUUGGAUGCUUAUUACCCACUGUCCAAGGGAAAACUGUGGAAUGCUUUCAGAAAAUCUAAGAUUUGGUUCAUAUGCUGCAGCAAAGCAGUUUGCUCUGAAUCAUGCCUGUGACACGAACCUCUGAGAUGCUCCUUCCAGUGUGAGCUCUUGAGCUCUGUAGUGGGAGUUAUGACCCAAAAGCUGGCAGGACCAGCUUAAGACAGAAAUGGUGGUACACUUUCCCUAGGUAAUAAUUUGGAUAUAUAUUUUUAUAUUGAAGACACUAUGGGUUAGGUUUUUUUUCUUUUGAACUGCACCUCUACUGCUUUGCAAUAUCAGUGUUUGUUGUGAAACUGAUUUUUAAGGUUUCCUGAAAGCCUAAGUCUAAGAGAAAAAUAAAGAACCUUUUAAGUA